AUGGACUUUGAUCAGAGAAAAUGCUUUAAUUCACCACCUGUAAUUCUAAUUUUUAUUCUUAUUAUAACUCUACUCGUGACUUUGAUUAUAUUAUCUACAACAAUCAUCCUUUCAAGUUCACGAACAAUCAAAAUCUUAGGAUUGACAAAGCCAGAAGAACAAGAUACAAUUUAUCUAUCGCCGCUGAUCAGUCAGUCAACAGACCAAGUGGCUAAAACUAUUCAUCAAGCAUUCGACAUCGACAAAACUCCAAUCCAGCAACACACAGCUACCAAUAUAUAUCUUGUUGCCGUAAAUACUAGCAUGUCAAGCACAUGUGCAUGUUGA